AUACUUAAAUGGGCAUAAUAUUUAAGUGAGAAAGUAUUAUGAAGUUUCAAUAGCUGUUUAGGAAAUGAGGUAGCACAUGACUCAGAGUAGGUGAUCAGUUCAUGCCAGUGUCCCCUCCCCAGUUCCUCUAGCACUGCCCAUUCUGGGGAAUUAAAAGAGCUUCAGACACUGAAUCCAGGGUCUGCCUCUAGGGUACAAGCAUGUCUUACUUGGUGUCUCUGCAGUGACAGGGGCACUACAGCAAAGAACUGCACCUGCGUCACCUGGUUCCUCCUGCUGCGGCUCACAGAGCAGGCAGGGCUCAAGGGCAUCCUCUGCACUCUUCCUGUUCAUCUACUCAGUUACCCUCACAGACAACCUGGCCAUGAUCACCCUGAUCCACGCAGACCCGCAGCUCCACACGCCCAUGUACUUCUUGCUGAGUAUCCUCUCCUUCAUAGACUCCUCCUUCUCCACGUUAAACACCCCCAGGUUGCUGCAGAGCUUCCUCACCUCAAGCCAGUCCACCUCCUUUGCAGGCUGCCUGGUCCAGAUGACCCUCAUGACUCUCCACGGUACUGCUGUGUGUCUGCUCCUGGCCAUUAUGGCAUAUGACCGAUUUGCUGCCAUCUACCACCCUCUCCUCUACAAAAUCAGCAUGUCCCAACAUCUGUGUGUCCAACUGGUGGCAGUCACCUAUAUGGCUUCUGUUGCCAAUUCAGCUUUACUGACUGGGUACAUCUUCAAGCCGCUCUACUGUGGCCCCCAUAUCAUUAACCACUAUGUCUGUGACAUCCCCCUUGUGCUCCAACUUGCCUGUGCAGACGUUGCCAAGGCUAAGGCCAUUGUCUUCUCAUCUUCUGCCUUGAUUAUCCUCUUUACCAUCAUCAUUAUCCUGGUCUCUUAUGCCUACAGCCUGGUGACUAUCUGCAGGAUGCGUUCCCUCAAGGCUCAGAGCAAAGCACUCUCCACCUGUGCCUCUCACCUCGCAGUCAUCUGCCUCUUCUACGGCACCAUCACCUUCAUGUAUGCUCAGGCAAGCUCUCACAGUUCCAUGGAACAGAACGAGGUCGUGUCUGUCUUCUACACAGUGAUCAUCCCCAUGCUGAACCCUCUGAUCUACAGCCUGAGGAAUAAAGAUGUGAAGCCUGCUCUAAAGAGGGGAUGCCUUGACAUGCUGUCUUCCUAACAGAGAGUGGAACAUUCCAUCCUAAGCCAUACCAUGGUAGAGACAACAUAAAACCUGAAUAAUAUUAACACUUGGAUAGAAGGAAUUAUGUGCCAGCACUAUUUUAAAUACCUUUCACUUAUCAAUCCAUUUAAUCUUCACAACAACAGGUUGAGAUAAAUACUAUUAUUGUCCCUUAGGAAUCUGAGGCACAGAGAGGCUGAGUAACUGGCUCAAGGUCACACAGCUAAUAAGAAGCAUAGUCAGAAUUUGAAUCCAGGCAGUCUGGCUCCAGAGGCCAUGUUUUCAACCCAUACAUUAUAUUGCCUUUUUCUGAUAAGUGCAUCUUACAAGCAGACAAUGGGCACAGUUAUUCCUAAAUUCCAUAUGUCAUAAGGAGGGGCUAGAUCAUGGAAGUCCUAGCCACUGCAGUCAGAGAAGAAAAAGAAAUAAAGGGAAUACAAAUUGGAAAAGAAGAAGUAAAACUGUCUCUUCAAUAAUCCCAGCAUCUUUCAUGCCUAAUUUCUGUUAUGGGACGAAUUAUCUCCCCACCCAAAAAUUGGUAUGUUGAAACCUUAACCCCUGGUACCUCAGAACAUAACUGUAUUUGGAGACCGGGCCCUUAAUACAAUCGGACUGAUGUCUUUAUAAGAAGAGGAAAUUUGGACACACAAAUAGAUACCUGGGAUGUGCACACACAGAGAAAAGACCAUGUGAGCACACAGCAAGAAGGUGGUCACCUUCAAAACAAGGGGAGAAGCCUCUGAAGAAACCAAACCUUCCAACACCUUGAUCUUGGACUUCUGGCCUCCGUAACUCUGGAAAAAAUUAGUAUCUGUUGUCUAAGUUACACAGUCUUUGGUAUUUUGUCAAGCACUAAUAUGGCUUCUAUAUUCAAGGCUGCCCCUUAGCCUAAUAUGACUGCUGAAGCUCUAGCCAUCACUUUACUCUUUGAAGAAGAAAGCUGGAAGUAUGGGGGACAUUACCAGCUGUCUAUCCCCUUUUUGUAGCCUUUUCAAUAACAGCCAAGCACAACCAUUG